AUGUCGUAUAAUAAAUAUAAUAUUUAUAAUAACAAUAAUAACUCUAAAAGCAUUAGUAACUCUAAUAAAAUUAUUAAUAAUAACAGCACAGACAAUAAUAAAAUACCACAAUUACCAAGAUUGCCAGAUCGUACAAUAACAACAAGCGAUUACGGAGCUUUGGUCAAUAUGCAACGUAGUAAUGGUGAUUCAUUCAAUCACCAUCAUCAUAAUAUUCAAAGAUGCGGUGAUUUCAUAAUCGAGAUUGAACCGUAUUAUCAUUAUCCAUCAUCAUCUACCCAAAACAGUUCCUCACUAGUUAAUUCAAAUCAUCCCAACUCAAGUAAACCUCAUCAUCAUUUAAUCAAUAAUCACAGUAACAAUCUUUCCAAUCACUAUUAUUCUUCUACGCCGAUUUCUUCUCAAUCACAUCCUUCGACGAAUGGUAAUAAAAUUAGAAAUUCUACAUCUUCUACUUCGUCGACAUCAACAACUGCAUCUUCUCAAUUCGAUCAGUUUUUUAAAGAACACGAGAUUCUGAAGUCGCAAAAUGAAAAUUUAAACAAUGCAACAAAACAGCUCCAGUCAAUCAUCUCCACGAUAAAUAAGGAACGUGACGAUAUACGUGGAAAAUAUCAAUUAUUGGAAUUGUAUUUAAAUCAAUCCCAACAAAAAAUUGAAAAUUACGACAAGUUAAGCAAAGAUUAUGAAAAAUUAAGUUUAGAUUACAACAAUUUGAAGUCAGACUCUGAUGACUUGAAGUCAGAUUCUGAAUCUGUCAAAUUGCAAAACCAUCAAGUAAAAAUCCAAAAUGAUAACCUGGCUGCCGGGAUGGGAAGAUUGCAAGACGAAUUGAAUUAUUUUAUUAGUAAACGUGACGAAUUGAAUUCUAAAAAUGAUUUAUUGGUCAAGGAAAUUCAAUCAAUCAAGAAAAAUAACGAAUUGUUGGCCAAGAAAUUAAACGAUCUAGAGUCGGAAUAUGUUAAUCUCAAAUUUCAAAAAGAUCUUUUGCAAAAUAAAAACACUAAAUUAACUCUGGAAAAUGAUAAAUUACAUGGUAUAAUUAUUAGUGGCAAUGAUAGUGGUAGUGGUGGCGAGAUUGGCGAGAUUGGUGAUGGCAGCGAUGAUGACAUUACUUCUUCGAUUACUACUGCUUCCACAUCUAAACAACGUGAUGAAUUGAAAACUCAAAGUAAAUUCACAACAUUACAAAUUAAACAGUUGGAAUUCGAAUGUGGUGAAUUAAAACAACAAAUUUCUGAUUUGAAAUUAGUAAAUAAUAAAUUAACAUCAAAAAAUAAUUUAUUAUCAAAUCAAAUAAAUUCGCUUUCACAAUCAUCAUCAUCCUCCAAUGUUGAUAAUGACAAAUUACAUAAAGAACUUGAUAAAGUUAAGAAGGAACAUGAUAAUAGUUUAUCUAAAUUUAUGAAACUGUCAAAAGAUUAUGAUGAGUUGUCUUUGGAAUUAGCUGAUCUCAGGAAAGAACACUCGUUGCUAACAGGAAAAGUUGACGAGGCAACCACACAACUUUAUAUUAAAUCAAACGAGUUGUUAGUAUUAACCACAUCUAAUAAUAAUGAAUUGAUUAGGAAACAAGAAAGUAUUGAAAAUAAAGCCAAAUUUGCUAAACUUGAGAAUGAAAAGGCAGAUUUGGAAAUGGAAAUUUCCAAGUUAAAAACAGCAUUUGAAAAAUAUGAGAAUGUCGGAAAAGAAAAGACAUCUUUGGAAUUGGAAAUAUCUAAAUUAAACGUUGUUCAUCAUGAGAAACUUGAAAAGGUCGAGAAAGAAAAAGCAGCUUUGGAAUUGGAAAUUUCCAAAUUGAAAGUUGGCUAUGAAGAAAAACUUGAAAAUAUUGAAAAAGAAAAAAUUUCCCUGGAAUUGGAAAUUUCUAAAUUGAAGCAAGAAUAUGAAACUUUAUCAGACAAAUGUCAAACAAUGGUAGAGUUUGAGGAAUCUAACAGUGAUGACAUUAAUGAUAGUAGUAUUAGUGAUGAUAGUAUUAAUCUAAUUUAUAUUAGACAAAUUGAAGAAUUAAAAGAAGAGCUUGAAAAAAUUAAACAACAAAAUGAUUUAUUAUCAAAAAAUAACAAAUAUAAAGAAAGAACGAGAAGAGAAGAUGAUAAAAUUAUUAAUAAUGGUAAUCUAUUAUUACCAGCAUCAUCCACUACUAAUCAAUCUUCACCCGACCAAUUUUCGUCUAAUCAAAAUUGUUAUUCACCAACUGAAGAAUUAAACGAUCCUAUCACUGAUAAUAAUAACAUAGUGUCCAUAAGCCCAGUAACAAGUUCAGAUAUUAUGAUUGCUCAUUCACAACGAAUAAAUGCUACAAUUCAAACUGCUACACUUAUAAAACGUGCAACUUUGACUACCCCUCUUAAUUCUACUACACUUAUUCCUAAUUCAACUAAUAAUAAUAAUGAAUUGAAUAAUUCUUCUCCCUCGCAAUCUUUACAAUCUUUAUCAUCAACACCACCUUCAUCUAAUAUUCCAUCAUAUCAAACCUAUGAAUAUGCUAGUGGUGAAUAUGCACAGCAACGAUAUCAUAACGUAAUUACAACAGCAAAACCUACAACUUAUAAUGUUGUUUCUGCUCAACGACAAUCUAGUGAUGAAUCAAAUAAUAUUUAUUAUAGCAAUGGAGUUGUUGUUAAUAAUAUCGAUACGCAGCAACAGCAGCAGCAACAACUUUUAUCUUCACGACAACCUUCUUUCUAUACAAAAUACCAAUCUCAAGAUUCAACUAAUCCUAAUAUUAGUAGUUAUAAUAGUUAUAAUAAUAAUAAUGAUUAUUAUAAUAGUUAUGGUAAUUAUAAUAGUCUUAGUAAUAGUGCUAAUAUUGAUUAUAUAAAUAUGAGCAAUAUUAGUAAUCAUAAUGUAAUGGAAAAAUCAGAUUCUACAUCAUUAGCAAGCAAUACAUCACAUAAUACUACAAACACUAAUAAUACUGCCAGCACUAUUAAUACCACAAGCACCACAAGCACCAUAAACACUAUUAACAAUGAUGUUAAUGAUAAUAGCAGCAUUAAAAGUUUCAAAAGGAAUUCACUAAUUAGAAGUUUUAAAAAUCCAAUUUCCCUUAAUAAUUCUUCUUCCAAUUCCUCUUUACCAACAUCAUCAUCUGCCACAACAUUUUUACCAUCCACAAAUAAAAAUAAUAAUGGAAAUGGCAAAAUAGUUCCAGUUUGUCACCAUUGUAGAAUUAAUCCAUGUAAAAAGAGAUUUACUAAGGGUUACAGUAAUUAUUGUUCUUCUGAUUGUAAGAAAUUAGCUCAACGAAAUAGUAAUUAUAGUGAUGGAAAUGAUAACGACAGUGUAAUAUCAGAAAUCUAUGAUGAAUCAAGGAAAUCUCUCAGUAAUAAUUCAAUAAUAAAUGCAUCAACUGAAUCGUUUCAACGACAACAAAAUCAUUACUAA